UCCACUUGGUGAAGAUCUUUCGGCUCGGCGAACCCCAAUUGUCCCACAUCGGCAGUGAUCAGCUCUCAGUUCGAGUCCAUCUAGCUAGAUUUACACAAGUUCCGAGACGCGCUCCCUUGCCCUCCAAAACCCGAGCAUAAAUACCGACACCCGCAAAAAGAGUAGCAUUUCCCACCAUCUCACUCCACUGUCCACUCCACUCUGCUCCAGCUCACUCCUCGGAUCCCGAUAUGGAGGCCAGCUACAGCCAGUCGCCGCCGACGCCGUCCUCGUCGGAAACUCUAAUGGCCGCGCUCCUCGCCGUCCCGGCCGCGCAGCUCCCCUCCCUCGCGCGGGCGCUGGGCGCCGACGCACGCCGGCUGCGGUGCCGCCUCGCGUUCCUCCUCCUCUCCCCGCCGCACUUCGCCCGCGCGCUCGCGCGGCUCCGCUCCAUGCCGCUCCCGGCCAAGGCCAAGCUGCUCGGCCGCGUCCUCCUCCGCUCCCUCCUCCUGCUCCUCCCGGGGCUCUGCCCCGAAGGCUACGGCGGCGGCUCCCUCCACCACCUCCACCUCCCGCACCCCGACCUCGACGCCGCGCUGCUGCUCCUCGCCAUGUGCGACUCCUACUCCCCGGCGGCCUCGUCCCCUUCCCCCGUCGACUGGCGUGCGGUGAUCGUGGACGACGUGGUGGCGUCCGCGCUCUCCGUCUCUGGCCUCGGCGCCACGCCCUGGGCCGCGCUCGCCCCUUACGUCGACGCGGCCGCCAAGUGCCGCCGCUUCGCGGACGUCGUGUCGGAGGACCGCGCUGCGGUUGGUGGCAUCGGGAAGGAGGGCGAGGGGAGCAGGGGCGCGUCGUACGCGGCCGUGCUGGCGCUGCCCCCUGUGGCGGGGGACGGGGCGCCGUGCGCGAUCUGCCGGGAGGAGAUGGCGCCCGGCCCGCGCGGCGUGUGCGCGCUGCGGCCGUGCGGGCAUCGGUUCCACUGGCACUGCGCGCUACGAUGGCUCGCGCGGCGCAACACCUGCCCGUGCUGCCGCGCCGAGCUGCCCUCGGAGGACCCGGUAGCGGAGACGCGGCGGCUGUGGCGGGCCGUGGAGAGGAUGGCACGCGGCGGGUGAAGUGUACACACAUGAUCGAUGGGACGCGCGCGUUUGGGUGUUUUUGUGUGUCUCGGUACGUAGUUGCAAGCACUGGUGUCAGAUUCUUGGACGGCGAUGGCUGUGUACGUGGUGGGCCUAUGGUGCAUACUGAAUAAUGGUGUCGAAUUAUUUCUGUGUGAUAAAUAAAACGUGAUUAAGUUGCAUUGGCUGUCUGCUUGCAAACUGUUUGGCAUCCAAGAACCUUGAGCAGAAGGCGAAUGAUGUGGUUAACUUUCUGUACUAUCAGCUUUGGUGUGGGUCAGACUUAGGGCUGUUGGUGUGGGUCAGACAGUCAGACCGUCAGACUAGACUUCAGAGGUUAAUAGUAAAGGAAAGAUUGGGAAGAAGAUAGGUAUCGUCGUUUUGAAGCCUAAUCGCGGCUUUUUAGGCUUUUUGGUGAUCAUGUAUUCGUGUGAGCGCCGGCAUGUUAUAGUGGCAAUGGCAGUGCAUCACGAACAUCUGGAUAAGAGAUCUGGAUGAUCAAGAUGCUCUAGGCCGAUGGACCCACGUGUCUAUCGUAGGUCUGUAACGAU